CAUCGAUACUCCAGGGUUUGGUGACACUGAAGGAAUCGAGGCAGAUGAACGAUUGAGAAAUAUGUUCAGGGAAUUUUUUACCGAUGGUGGAAACAUAGGUGUAGAUCAACUUGAUGGAAUCUGCUUUGUUGUUCCGAUCUCUCAGGCAAGACUGACACAAACCCAAAAAUACAUCUUCGACUCAAUUUUGGCCGUGUUUGGAAGAGACGUGGAGAAAAACAUUUACAUUCUAUUCACAUUUUCGGACAGCCAGAAACCACCCGCUCUGAGUGCUAUCAAUGCUGCAGGCAUCCCCUUCAGGAGAUCAUUUGCAUUGAAUAACUCUGCAUUCUUCGUCAGACCAGAUCCUGAUGAUUUGACAAGAAAGUUCUGGAUUAUGGGAAAGUCCAGCUUUCACAAGUUCUUCAACGACUUCCUGAAUACAAAGCCUGUGAGUCUAUCACUGACGAAGGAAGUCCUGCAGGAGAGGAAGCAAUUGGAGGCAGCACUCCAGGGGAUCCUACCUCAACUUCAGAACGGUACCUGA